UUUUCGUUUUUAGGUAUGUUUCUAACUUUGAUCAAAGUGAUAAUGUAUACUGCGGUUGGUGCUUUGAAAGCAGUUUUGCCGACAGGAUUUCUGCCUAGGAAGGAUGUCUCCAACCAAAUUGUGCUCAUAACAGGUUCAGCAAGUGGCAUUGGUCGCCUUUUUGCUGUCGAAUUAAGUAUUAAUAUAAAAGUUGUAGUAGAAAAGGUGAUGGCAGUGCUGAUGAUAAAGAAUAAAGAGAUGAGACGAUGUGACUGCUACGACCGCAGCAUUGCGGGUGAUACUGAGUUUGCUAAGUUAGGUUGUCGUUUGGUACUUUGGGAUAUAAACGAAGUGGAAAAUGCUGAAACUCGCCGACUAGUUGAAGAACAAGGAGCAAAAGCUUUUACUUAUACUGUGGAUCUAUCGAAACGGAUAGAAAUUUAUAAAUACGCUGAAAAAGUAAAAUCCAACGUUGGUCAUGUCGAUGUUCUUAUAAGUAACGCUGGUGUUGCGAAUGGCAAGCGAUUUUUCGAAUCGGAUGAUGAUGAAAAUAUGUUCGUUAUGGAUGUUAAUACGAACGCUUUGUUCUUCUUAAGCAAAGCCUUCAUGCCGCACAUGAUCGAAAAUAAUCAAGGUCAUCUUGUCGUAGUCGCAUCGAUAGCUGGAAAACUUGUAAUAUCGGGUUUGGUAGAUUAUUGUACCAGCAAACAUGGUGCAGUUGGCUUUUCAGAAGCUUUAGCAUCAGAAUUGCGGACUCUAAAGAAAGACAAUGUUCACGUAACUACGAUAUGUCCAUUUUUUAUAGAUACAGGGAUGUUUCAUGGUGUCGAAAAAGGUUUAUGUGGUAUGUUCCCUAUCCUUAAACCUGAAUACGUCGUAGAACAAUCUAUGGAAGCUAUUUUAACUAAUAAAACAACUUUAUGUCUUCCUAAGGCAACCUAUUUGGCCCUCUUUUUUGCAAGUUUUCUUCCUGAUAACGUUCAAUAUUUAAUUGGCAACUAUCUAGGAAUAAUACCAGUAAUGGAUUAUUUCCAAGGCAGAAAAGUGUGA